AUCGAAUUCAUUAUCCCUUCCAUUUCGAGUCUCGAAGCUCAGAGUUGGCAACCAUGGCUUCUCUCCGCCUUCUUUGCUCCCCUACUGCUACUACGACAUGUUUUCUCAUAGAACGACAACUCCUUCUCACACCUCUUUCCUUCCCCGUCAACACUCAAUCCCAUUCCUAUUCCCAUAUCUCUGUUUCUUGCUUUAUUCCUUGUAGGUUUCCUCUUUCCCAUACUACCAACUCUCUUAAACUUCCAGUUACGACCAACAGAGUCAAUAACGAUUUCCUUCUCCAUUUCUCUUCCACUUCCCAAGAGAAAUCUCUCGAGUCUUCUCCGUUAAGUGGUGUCAGUGAAAGUGAAGAGCUUGAGACGAAGGAAGUUCAUAAAGACAAAUUGUAUGCCGAGAAUGUGCCUUUGGAUUACACUUCCCAAGAUGUUCGUGCUCUUUUUCAGAAGUACGGGACUGUUGUAGACGUAACGCUUCCUAAGAAUCCCAAAAACAGGGGCAUAGCAUUUGUUACAAUGGCUUCACCAGAGGAGGCUCUUGCCGCUCUUAAUAAUCUCCAAUCGCGUGAAGUGGAGGGUGGAGUUUUAAAAAUUGCCUAUUGCAGAAAGAGGCGAGAAGUGACAUUCAAUUUGUUUGUUGGGAAUUUGUCAUUUGAAGCUACAGAUAAAGAUCUCAAAGAGUUCUUUAACGAUGAGGGUCAUAGUGUAGUUUCCACUGAAGUUAUAUUCCGCGAAACUAUCCAAAAGUCCUUGGUAUAUGGAUACGUGUCCUUCAAAUCAAAGAAAGAAGCUGAGGCAGCUCUAAUUUCUGUUCAAGGAAAGGUGUUUAUGGGAAGACCGAUUCGAAUAGAACGCAGUAAAUAUUUUAUUAGAAACAGACAACAAGCCACAGAGAGUGCAGAUUCUGAAGUUACUUCCCCGGAGUUGAUCACUAGUGUAGAAGAAGCAUAAAUUGCUGAUUAAGUAUAGAUGUGAGAUUUUGGUCAAUAGUGACAUCAGUUUGAUUGGAAGGAGAAGCUUGAAGAGGGCUGAGUUUGUUGCAGGCGAGAAGUUAGGUCAAGGGUGUUUAUUCUGGUGCUGCUAUUGUUCCUAAAAAUUUGAAUCUUGAAGAGUAGAGAGGAAAAGCCAAAACAAAAAAGUUUGAUAGCAGGUUCAAGGAAAAAGUCGCUGUUUAAAAUGGUAACCUUUAUAUAGUUAAUUUCAAUCAUAAAAUGUUUUUUCAGAGCUUAGCAAAAGCUUCUUUUAGUUCCCAUUUUGGGUUUAUUAUAGUUAUCAUUUAAAUAUCAUUAUUGCCAGUUAAUGUUCAUUUCCCUGUGUAUGCAUUCUUUCAAUUUUACUGUAAGUUAGUGUUGAUCAUCCUAUCUUGCUUUUGCUUUGUUGGCCUUUUGAAGUUAACAUGCUGUAUGUUCUUACAUUGAAACCUUGAAUGUGUACAAGUUGUAUAUGAUUCACUAUUGGCUAGCUCUGAUUAUGAUUGGAUUCAAAUCUGGGUUC